UGAAGAAUGGCCAUCGUGUGACUGCACAUGCAACAAACCGAGGUUGCUUCACCUUCCAUGCUCCCAUGUGCUGGCAGCUACCAGACAACUAGGGCUGGACUCAAUCUCUUUCGUCUCUCCAUAUUACGCGAAAGAGGCUGUGCUGCACACCUGGACCGGCGAGAUGGUCGGAUACAGAGUUGUGGGAAAUUUUACUACGGUGAUACCAAAUGAAAGGCGGUACAUCCCUGACCCAAGGUUAUUGCGUACAAACAGAGGUCGACGGGAGACAAGGCGCAUUAGAAAUGAUAUGGAUGAAGCAGAAGCGGGUGGUCCAACUAGGCAAUGUUUUCUCUGCAACCAAUUUGGACACAGGGACCCCCUAUGUCCCACUUUCUACCCAGCAGCUGCAGCGGCGGCGGCUAACCGAGGAAGGCGAGGCAACCGAGGAAGGCGUGGGAGGGGAAGAACUAGAGGGAGACAGUAGAAAAUUUGUAAUAUUUAUAAACUAUGCUUAAGUUGUAGUACGUGUGAACCAUAUUAGUCUGAACAAUGGUACAAUUUGUAAUAUUUCUGAACUAUGUUUUAAUUUGAAUUUUGUAUGAACUAUGCUUUAAUUUGUAAACUUUGUGAUCAAUGGUUUAAUUUGUAUCAUCUUUGAACAAUGCAACAAUUUUUGAUAUCUUUCUGCAGAUAUGGCGGCCCGCCCGUUGCUCGAUCCAGUGAUUGAUCAGAAACAUCGUGCAUCGCACUUGGAGUCCGACCCGCAGAGCAUCGACCCACUGCAGACCCGUACUCCAAAGAAGAACUGGAUGAUACACCCUCAGUGGGAAGACAGGUUGAAGUGGGCUGGACUACUACCUUUCGCUCGAUUAGUGGAGGCCCGAGAGAACGUUUCGCGUCUGAACUACGAUGCUACUUUGAUCACCUGCUUAGUGGAUCGAUGGAGGCCCGAGACCCACACCUUCCACUUUCGCUGGGGUGAGAUGGCUCCUACUCUAGAGGACGUGUCUAUGUUGCUGGGCCUUCCGUUGGCUGGUGAGCCCAUCGGCCCAUUGGAGGAACCCGUGGGAUGGAUGCACAGCAUGGAUGCACGUUUCGUUGGUGUUCGCGAGGGCGUUGGGCCUAUCUCUUUUGAGGCUCACGGCCCUCGUCAGGCGUGGCUACACGAGUUCCAGAUCGAGCAGUUCGGAUACCCCGAUGUACCGAUGACUGCGGCCCAGAUCACUCGCAGCUUGGAGGCGUACCUCAUGUGGCUACUCGGGAAGACGAUGUUCACGGACAAUCACGGGAACACGAUCAGUGCGCGGUACAUCCCUAUAGCUCAGGAGAUAGCAGAGGCCACGAAGCCAGAGGACAUCACACAGAGGAGCUGGGGUUCUGCGGUCUUAGCCGCUACGUACCGAGGUAUGUGUAAGGGUUGCCAGCUCACCUCGCAUGGUUCUGGAAUCGUUGGUUGCCCCCUCCUAUUGCAGCUCUGGUCCUGGACGAGGUUUCCCGUCGGCCGCCCUGAUAUUGGUGCUGGGUCUUGGCCGCCAGACGAGUUGUAUGACGCGGAUCGCAUCGACAUGCCGACGUUUGGUUCUAUAUGGACAUCGCGGAAGAGACAUUUUGGGCAUAAUCAGCUGCGGAAUUGCUACCCAGCAUUCACAGAGCAGUUUGACCUACUACUGGAGAGCGAUGUUAGUUGGGAGCCAUACAGUGAGGACCACCGCGACGAGACAUACCCAGGCGGUAUAUCGUUGAUGUGUACCAGAGAUUGGGCCUACUGGAUGACGAAGGCGAAGAUCAUCUUCGAUAUCUUCGUGGAGGAGAUGUCGCAGCAGAGGGUCAUGAGACAGUUUGGAAUGCGUCAGUUGAUCGAGCCACCACCUCCCACAGUUCCACUACCACCACGCGUCCACGCGUACAACAGAAAAGGAGCGAACAAGACUGGUCGUCGGAUGGGUACAGCUCCUGGGUCCAUACAUCGCUGGUUGGGCCAAUGCGCCGGCCGUGUCAUGGGCCACUAG